AUGAGUGAUAAACCCCAUGAUUCAUCGUCGGUGGACGACACGGAGAGGAAGGCAGCCGGCGUAUCGGAUGCCUAUUCCGUCUCCGAGGGGCAGGCCAGUUCUCCCAAUCCAGAGUAUGAUCGGUAUUUGGACUUGCACCGCAAGUUUGAGGGAGAGGGCAAGAAGAAGUUAUUGCGGAAGCUUGAUUGGCGCCUCCUCCCAACACUGAGCGUCUUGUACUUGCUCUGCUCCCUGGACAAGUCCAACGCUGGCAAUGCCAAGAUCUUCAACUUUCCAGUAGAUGCAAACAUGACACCGACUCAGUUCAAUCUUGGUCUCAUGGUAUUCUUCUUCAGUUACGGACUCUGGGAGCCUGUUUCCAAUGUUCUAUUGCGUCGUCUUGGCCCCAAGAUAUGGUUCCCUAUCAUUGUGGUUACCUGGGGUACUGUCACUACCCUGACCUGCCUCGUACGGAGUUUUGGUGGUUUCAUCGCAAUUCGUCUGGCUCUUGGCAUAUCCGAAGCCGGGCUCUACCCCGGAUCUUAUUUCAUCUUGAGCAUGUGGUAUACGCCGCGAGAACUUGCUACUCGUAUGGCAAUCUUUUAUGGCGCCAACACUGCAGCUGGAGCAUUCGCCGGUGUGAUCGCCUAUGGCGUUGGUCAUCUCGAUGGCCAGCAGGGUUAUACAGCUUGGGAGUGGCUUUUCCUUAUCGAGGGCAUCAUAACUGUUGCGGUUGGCCUCAUGACGUUCUUCUUCCUCCCUCACUUUCCUCAUCAAUAUAACGAGAAGCGAACUACCAAGUGGCUUACAGCAGAGGAGCUGGAAUAUUCGAGGCUUCGUGUCAAGUACGUGGCCGGGCCAAAUGCACCCACCUACGAAUUCCGCUGGAGCGAUGUUUGGGCCGCAGCCCAAGAUCGCAAGACGUGGCUCAUGAUGAUGAUGUUCUGGUGGGGAGGAUCGAUCCCGACCUACUCCCUUUCUUACACGCUACCUACAAUGGUUCGUAACUUGGGUUAUUCGGCGAUUCGGGCACAGGCUCUUACCACACCACCAUACAUCUUCGCCACUAUCGUCUGCGUCUUCAAUGGCUGGAUGAGCGACCGAUAUCAGAAACGCUACAUCUCAAUUAUGACAUGCUAUGCCGUUGGUCUCUCCGGCAUUGUUGUGUUGUGGAUCAGCGUCCACUUCCCAAAUGUCUCGGGCGUGUCUUAUUUUGCAAUCUUCAUUGCUGCAGCGGGUUACAGUGCCCAGGCCCCCAUUGUUGGCGCGUGGACAUCCAAUAACAUUCCGAACCCGUCAAAGCGUGCUGCAUCCAUUGGAUUGCUCAUGCUGUUUGGAUCAGUUGGGGGAGGUGGUAUUGGCUCUAACAUCUACCUUGAUUCUCAGGCACCUGUGUAUCCUCUUGGGUUUGGCUUCUCGGUGGGUGCUACUGUUUUGGGAGCCAUGAUACCAGCUACUAUUCAUUGGUGGCUCAUGAGGAGAGACAAUAAGAAGAGAGCCGAGAUGGAUCAUGAUCAGAUUAUUGCCCAGUAUACCCCUGGAGAACUGGCCAGCAUGGAGGAGAAAUCACCGCUCUACCGGUACACUCUCUAA